CUCAGUCAACAAGACAGCAUCCUUAACCUGCAAGUAUCACUCUCGGUGUUGAAUUAUCUUCUCUAUUCAAUAUUUCACAACCCUUUCUCUCAAUAUCUCUCACAUGAGUAGAGUUUUCCCAACCACCUCCGUGUGACCAGGGACCUCUAGGAAAGCUCGACAGGAUGGUUCACAAGACUGUAGGAUGUGCCAGUUGCAAGAAGAGGAAGCUCAAGUGCGACCUAUCACUCCCUGGUUGUCAGAGAUGUCGACGGAUUGGCAAAGACUGCCCGGGAUACCCGAAUAAAUGGGACCUCGCAUUUCGCAGUGAGAAUGAAGCUAUUUAUGCCAAGGCACGUAAGAAACGAGAACUCGUGUCAAGAUACACUAAACGGGAAAUGGUCUCUGCCUCUUCUCGUUCCCCUUCGCCCCAAAAUGUCCUCUCAGACGAUAUUCAAUUCCAUGCAGUAUGUCUAUUCUUUCAUGACUACAUUGUUGAUUCUUGCCCGGGGAUCUGUGAUGGGUGGCUAGAUUACCUGCCAGAUUUGUAUGGACGGCAUUCCGAAAAUCCUAGUCUUCAAGAUGCUGUUCUGGCGGCUGCCUAUGCAAACAUUGCACAAAGAACUGCGCGAAGAGACCUCGAACUGAAGGCGGCAUCGCUCUACCAUGCGUCUCUCGAAACGGUCAAGAAUAAUCUUUCUAGCCCUCAACUGGCCACGAGCGAUAUCAACAUGACAGCGGUAAUUCUGCUUGGCCUCUAUGAGUGCAUCAAUAAUACUACCUUCUUUGACUUUUCUUACCAACAUAUCAAAGGACUAAGCGUCUUGGCCGACUUGAGAGGAUCAUUGUUACUGCAAGGCAAAGGUCCAACUUUGCUGCAGAUAGCUUGUUGCCAAGUGAACAGACGGAACAUCGAAUUCGGGUUGCCUCCAAGUGCCGCAGAAAAGAGACUGAGCAAACUUCUCGAUUCAGCAUCGCUAGCGGGUCGAAUGGUCAUGAACAUGUUCAACGUUAGCGUGUUCUCAGCCAAUGCCUUCCGUGACAUUCGGUCAGGCAAUCCGGGCUGUAUUUGGAACCUUUCAAUUCUACAAAGCUUCAAAGAACUCGAGUAUGCCCAUCGCCAGUGGAACGAAGAUGCGAAAAUGUCUUUCCCUUAUCGGAUUAUUCAAUGUGCAGUUGGAGAUAACCUCGAUACAAAUUUCACCCCAGAGGCAGAGCAUCACAUCUAUCGAGGGUUUUGGUCAGAAGCCUUGUGGAAUAAGUAUCGUGCUGCUGUCAUUACUUUCAAUCAAGCACUUCUGGCCCGGCUUGAUGCAGCGAAAGCUAGCCGUCCAGUCAAAAACUUCGAAACCCCUGACAUCAUGGAGUUGCGAUACCAAGCAACACUCGCAAUCCAAGUCAUGGUUCGUGACAUUUUCGCCAGCAUCCCUUUCUCCCUGGGAGAUGUGCCAUCAUACAAUUAUUACAAUACAACAUGUCCGUCCAAGAGUACAGCCUCAACGGGCCUGCCCAAGAGUGUAGGCGGAUACUUCCUUGUAUGGUCUCUCACAGUCAUUCUCAGAUGCUCGGUCGCGUCCGGAGAACAGCGAAAUACGGCAAGAGCAGCUCUCGUCCGCAUCGGAAGACAGUUCGGCAUAAGCUAUGCUGUCAAAUCUGCUCAGAAUUACAUGGGAACAGCAGAGAAUGCCUGCCCGGCCGAUUCGAAUACGGAACCCCUCCCGAUGACUUCAAUCCCGAGGUCUUAGCACAAUACUUUUGACAUUGAUUUAUGAAAUGCCUGCACAGGGUCUUUCUCCUUGAGGAGACUUUUCGGGCAAAAUGGCACACUUCGUUCGAAAACACAUGAGUUUGCUGAAGUAUACAGAGAAUAAUUUGGAUCAUCUCCGCGACUUUCCUGGAGCUGCAAGCCCAUCAGUCCAUCCAUGUGCAUUGCUUGAAGCUCGAAGGAUGACGGAGCGCGCCUUUCAAGCGGGCGUGCCCUAGACCUAUCGAAGCCAUUUUGACCGUGCGAAUGGGCAUUGGGCCACCAUCAUCUUUAGAAUAGUAAUCAUCAUAAUUGGUGGCGGGAAUAAGAUCUUCCUCGAAAGUGGAGAGAAGCACCCAGAUAGGGU